AUUUCUGUAUAAUGCUCUUUGUCAUCACUACACCCUUGCCACUCCUUGAAAGCAAGUCGACCAGAAGAGAGGUAUAGGUACCCGAGAUCCAGAGACAUUUUGCUUUCUAUCUUCAAUUCUGUCGGAUCUAUCCCAAUUUCUAAAGAUGGCAGCCCAAUUACUUUUAACCGAAGAGGAGAAAGCAGAAUACAAGGCAAAAUUCGACAAAUUUGACGAGAAUGGCGAUGGCACCAUCCCUACUAGGAUGUUGAAGUUUGCGAUGACAGCAAUGGGUCAUGACCUUACUGAGGCUGAGCUUGAAAAUUAUGUAGCUAAAGGUAACGAAACUACUACAUAUUCUGAGCUUUUGACGAUGAUAGAAGUUAAGGUGAAGCUAGCCGGAGUUUACAAAAUAUACAGUGAAGCUUUCCUCGCCGUGGACAAGGAUGGCAGCAACCGUCUCUGUGCUGACGAGCUGCGUCAAGCGAUGUUCACCGUUGAUCCGUCGAUGACGGAGGAGGAUAUCAAUGCAAUGAUCGAGAAAUUCGACUUUAAUGAAGACGGUAAACUCAACCUUUUAGAAUUCAUGCAGUUGAUAAUUCAUUAUACUCGGUGAAGAUGAUGAACGCUAUCCUCUACUUCAACAGCGACAACUUGUCCUUUUUGUCCUUCUUGAGGACACUUCGGGAAAGGACAAUAUAAUCGUCUCGUAUCAGAUUUCAUUAUGUUCCGGUAAUUUUGUUUGAGCUGUCACUUUUUGUUUUGUAUAGUUUGUCUUUUUUUCAAAGAUUGGUUCGAAUUUCCCUUCACUUUAUUUCUUUACAUUUUUUUCAUUAUACCCAGGGUGCCUUUAUAAUGUUUGUGUACUCCUUCCAAAAAUAAAUGUUGUAUUUUUUUUCUUCUUCUGAAAGCCAACUAUUAGUAUUUCAUUAUAUGAUACCUUUGACAUCAUGAUUUUUGUAUUUGUUUUUUAUUUUUAUCAUAGUCAUCGUGAUUGUGGUUAGGAUGGAGGUCGACUAACACCAAAGAAUAUCCAUGUCCGAAAAGUGACAUGGUACACAAGGGAGAAGAGGAAUUUUAACUUUCUUAAUUCUUGAUAGGCGGUAAAAGCACUUAUCUUAAUUUACUUUAAUGGUAUUUCAUGUGGAGGUGUCGUAGGUCAUUCCAAGGAGUUUUGAGAGCUGGAGACCCAACUGGCAACACAUUAUUCCAAGCAGCUGCCGUUUUCUAUGGUUGCACAAUAGAAUCUACAGGCGUGCUGUCACCUUUGAUGUCCGAGGUUCGAAGCCGCCAAUAUCAUUGGAAAGCUUGAGUAGUGAUUUUGUUCACAAAGAAAUAUCCUUAAUAUUUCACUUUUUUAUUUGAACUAACAAGGGGAAAAUCAAACAGAUGAUAAAAUAUGUAUUGAAAAGCCAAAUUGUGUCAAGAAAUGUGCUUACAUUGUAUGAUAGCAGCUUUAAUUUGUGAAAAAUAGUGAAAUGCAACAGUCCUAAAACUUGCAAUUUGACACUUUUCCGAUAACUUCCGGCUCACGAACAAAAAAAAGUGAAUUUGCUCAUGUACAGUUCUUUAUGAUGUUAUAUGUCAGAAUAGUGCCCGCACAUGCCCAGUCGAAUAAUUUUGAUUAAUAUUUCUGGAAAUGUUACUCCAUUUCCUUUCGCUUGCCUCCUGUAAAGGUAAGCACUGUGUUCUGCUCGUAUUAUCAGACGAGUGGUAGCGAAAAGUAGUUAUCAUUACAAAAGCAUCUUUCCCUUUGAAAGUGGUCCGUUAGUUUGCAGCUAGGCAGGAAUCUUUUGUCUACGUAUCUGCAAGGAAGAUCUAGUUAAGCACAUGCCUGGCAUAUUUCCUCGUGGCGGCAUCGAAGAUGGUACAAAGGGAAUGAGUUAGAUAAGACUCCAUCUCUUAAAGCGUCUUGGUCAUUCAAUACGCCAUUUUCGUAAUGUAACCAAAUAUGAUUCAUAAGUCUUUGUGAAGUGCCUCAAUACAAAUUAUUUCGUUCACCUGCUAGGAAUAAUAGUAUUUCAAUAGUCAGAGCAGGGACUUGUUAGUAUCCCAAGUCCCUGGUCAGAGUGCAACUGCAUAUAUUAAGUGUUGCUAGGUAGGUCAAGCCAUAAUGUUUGUCCAACCUACCAACAACGUUUGUAUGCAGUUCGGAUUCUGUCUAUUGAAAUACUAUUAUUCUUAUCAGGCGAAUGAAAUAAUUUGUGUUGAGGCACCUCACAAAGAUUUAUGCAUCAUUUUGGUUACAUUACGAAAAUGGCCUAUUGACUCAUUGAGUUAAACUGACUGGUGUAUUGAGCAUACUGUAAACGGCAGCACGAGGGCUGAAUUACAUUCAUUUUGCAACACAUAGCAAUGUUUAAACAAAUAUUACAUAACGUUUGCGAGAAAACAUUCAAAAGAAAAAUAAAUAGGAUAAAAUAUUAUGACCAAAGAAAACCUCUUAAUCUGGACAUCUAGGAAGAUCUAGGAAUAAAGCGAUUCAUCUGUAUUACUUUAAAUAAUUAUAAUUUAUUUGUUUUGUUCAUGUAUAUGUAUUAUGUUUGUUUAUACGAUGACAAAACCACGCCAAACCAAUCCAAGGCUUGAACGACAGCAACGUCCUUUAAAAAGGCAUUAAUCCAACAUUUGCCACUCUCCACCCAGGUGUAAAUGGGUACCUGGCAAAUAAUAUUGAUGGGGUAAUAAUAAUUGCAGGGCCCGCGGGAGCAGCAGUAUCAGUAAUGAUAUUGCUACCCGUGGUUCACAAAAUUAUCAUUAUUAUUAUUAUUGUUAUUAUUAUAUGGCGAUAUCACUUACAGUAAAGUGGAGAAAAUGGGUAUAUGUAAACAAUUGUGUAUUUUAGUUUGGUGCAAUUUAUAAUCAUGCAAUGUUCACUAAAUAAAACUCUGCUAAGUAAUACUCUGUCUUUGAAAAACAAUUUUAUAGUAGUUUGUGGAAAUAAACACCCUUAAUUCAUGAAA